UCCAGUGAGUUGUGCGGGUUGCGGGCUCCACGAACAAAUCGAAACGGCGAGAUAUAACAAUAAGUGUAGAAAAUGUUGCAAAUGAGAUUUGUGUUUUUAUUCAUCUGCCUAUUUCUGCUGCUUGGCAGUCAGUCCACUGAUGGUUUCAUUAUCCGCUUCAUCACGGAGACGUUGCAGAACAAUGUGGCAGGUGAACCAGUAAUUCACGAGCGGACCAACUGGAAUUUCGAUCCCGAGGGAGCGAAGAAGGCGCGUGCCAUUUACUACGAGAAAAAUGGUUAUCGUUCUGCGAAAUUCAUAGAGAGCAUUGGCGUUGGACUCGAUGGUUACCACGAGGAGCGUCGCCAGCAGCAGCAGGAACGCGAUGUGGGACGUCUCAAUGGCGAACACUUUAUCAACUUUCCCGCCGAGCCGCCUAGUUUAUAAGGUAGACACUGGGGAGGGAGGAGAGGGAGGUAGAGAGGUAGGUAGGAAGAAUAUAGUAAAUCCUAGAUGCUUGUGGAUGCAUAUCUAGCGCAUUGUCAUCAUUUUAAUUUGCUGCGAUUAAUUGUCAUUAAUGUGCUUCACAAGGAUUUGCAUAAUUUGCCAACGUUACACAUAUGUAUUCAUGCAUCAUUCAACUGUCAGGCUUAUUGUUAAUGGCACUUGAGUCAAUGGGGAAAGAGACGAGAUGAGAAA